AUGUCGGACAACAAUAAGCUUCAUGGACCUCAGACUGGAACGGUCAAUACUAUGUCAGACAACAAUAAGCAUCAUGGUCCUCAGACUGGAAUGGUCAAUACUAUGUCAGACAACAAUAAGCUUCAUGGACCUCAGACUGGAACGGUCAAUACUAUGUCAGACAACAAUAAGCAUCAUGGUCCUCAGACUGGAAUGGUCAAUACUAUGUCAGACAACAAUAAGCAUCAUGGUCCUCAGACUGGAACGGUCAAUACUAUGUCGGACAACAAUAAGCAUCAUGGUCCUCAGACUGGAACGGUCCAUACUAUGUCGGACAACAAUAAGUAUCAUGGUCCUCAGACUGGAACGGUCAAUACGAUGUCGGACACCAAUAACCAUCAUGGUCCUCAGACUGGAACGGUCAAUACGAUGUCGGACACCAAUAACCAUCAUGGUCCUCAGACUGGAACGGUCAAUACGAUGUCGGACACCAAUAACCAUCAUGGUCCUCAGACUGGAAUGGUCAAAAAUGGUGAAUAUAAUUCCAAAAAGAAAGGGGACAGGAGUAUUAUUGUUUUAAAAUGA